AUGGAGACCGAUAAUCUUCUGGAUGUUUUUGACUACGAUCUAGACAUAGAUUUCGAAACUGCAUAUGAGAUGGUCAACAAUGACGACCAGCUCGACAAGAUGCACCUAAAUCAUAAUGCAUCGACUAUUGACGCUGCUGUAGACCAGUGGAGUCCUUCUGAACAUGGUGGACUGAAAAGAGAACUUAAUGAUGCAACAGAUAAUGGUUCGCUAACAUUAGCUGGACUCGAACACACUGCAAUGCCUGGUCUGCUAAGCGCAUUUGAGUCCAGCGCGAUAGAAAAAUUUCUGGACAGUUUGGUCACAACGAGUGGGAAAGCCGCAGCUAGCUGGUCGGGGCUGCCGAAUCCUGCAUGGGCUAAAAAUGGGGAACAUGACCAUCAUGUGCGGAAGCAUCUUAGUCAUUUGGACGAUCUGGAAUCGCCAAAGCGUCUGGGGUCUUUUGCUCUUAAUACUGUUCCACCUAUUAGCUUAAGUCAGUCCAAUGAUGUGUCAACAAACCAAUGUGGAUCGAAGGAGGUGAUCCUAGGCGAACAUCCUUCGGCUGAAUUAAAUCAAGUUGCCCACGAAACGGUCACCGACAUACACCCUAAAGAAAGCGUCUCAUCAUCAUCUGUGUAUGCUCCCGAGGUUUUGAAAUCUCCAGAAAUACUGGUACUAGAUUCUGAAAUUCCUUUGGAGAUACGAAAUGACCCUACGAAGCGCAGGAAGUGGAGACAUGUGGCAUUGGAAAAAAAGCGUCGGAAUGCCAUAAAGGAGUAUUUCGAUGAUCUGGUGGAGCUGAUACAUUUUCCCAGGUCUGUACCUUCCGAAAUGGAAGACGUGGAGGAUGGCAAACCCAAGGGAAGCAAAAAGAGAAGCAAGAAGGACAGGCCUGCUGAUAAAAGGAUACCCAAACAUGUCCUUCUGAAUUAUUUGAUAGAGGACAUGAAUUCUGUGCUUCAGGCCAACCAAAAAUUGGAGGAGCAACUAAAAUCUUUCAGAGAAAGCCAAUCUGUUUGA